AUGGAGAAUGCAAGGGGAAAUGAUACCAAUGAAUCCUCAGAGGCUCACAUGAGCCAGAUGGAACAGAUGCUCGCAGCCUUGACUGAAACAUUGACACAGCAACAGAGGCAACAACCUUUGCCCCCUCCGCCUCCACCAAAAGUUCUUUUGUCCACCUACACCUUGAAGGACGAAGCCCGAAGAUGGUGGUUGUUGAUCCGAAAGAGUAAUGAGAACUUGACAUGGGCUCAAUUUAAUGCGAUCUUCUAUGACAAGUACUUCCCUCAGUAUUUUCGGGAUCGAAAGGUUUUAGAGUUUCAGGAGCUUAAGCAAGACAAAAUGUUUAUAGCCGAAUAUAAGGCGAAAUUUACUGAACUAGCCCGGUUUGCGUCUCAUAUGGUGGACACAGAGUAUAAGAAAGCUCAAAAAUUUGAGAGUGGAUUGGACUUGGAGAUAUUAGAUCGGAUAGGAGUCCUCAACCUACCUACUUAUGUGAAUGUGCUCGAUAUGGCAUUGAUGGCAGAAACCAUUUUGGUAGCAAAGAAACAAACUCCAGCCCCAAUCACUGAGUGGAAAGAGAAAAGAUCUGGAUUUAAUUUCAAGAAGGGUCGUUCAUUUACUGUAAAUAAGAAACAAAAUACGAGAUCCUCUAGCAGCUCAAGUCAAAGCAGUGGGUCUGCAUCUGUUUGUACUCAAUGUGGGAGGAGACAUAAAGGAGUUUGCCAUCGAGUGUCUGGUGCCUGUUUCCGGUGCGGCAAAGCUGGCCAUAUGAUAAGAGAUUGUCCAAUUGGGUCAAAAGACGCCAAUCAUCUUGUAGCAAGUACAACAGGAUCUACUUCUGGAUCAAGACCAAAUGUUAGAACUAAUACGGAAAAAGAACCUUUGAAGCAAGGCCAGGUGUUCGCACUUGUACUAGGGGAUGUACAGAACACCGAAAUAGUGGUGCCAGGGAUUUAA